AUGGCGAUUCAAAACCUAAAGGCUACGGUCAAUUCUUCUUCUUCUUCAAUUCGGGCCAAUUCGAUUAAGCAUGUUCGUGAUGAAAAUUUAAAGACUUUAUUAUCGAAGAAGAAGCUUCACCUCGUACUCGAUUUAGACAAUACCAUUCUUGAAUCGAGUAUUUUUGAAGAUUUAACUAAAUAUGAUCGUGAUUAUAUACAACGCUCCGUUGGUGUCAAGAUGAUCGAAGAAAAAAAGCUAUAUCAAUGGGUGUGUGAAGGAAAGGGGUACAAGGUACGUCUAUCAGUGUUUCCUGAUGUUUAUUUAACGAAAUUGAGACCUUAUGUGAAAACGUUCCUCAAGGAAGCAAGUAAACUAUUCGAUAAAUCAAUUUUUACCCUAGGAAAUCUCGCGUAUACAACGAAGAUGCUAGAACUACUUGAUCCCGAGCGUUUAUAUAUUAAUUCACAAGUGAUCACGAGGGAAUAUGUGCCAUUAUCGACACCAUGGAGGAAGGGGCAUGAUCUUUUGAAGUCGCACGAAAGGGUCGUGUUAGUAGUCGAUGAUGCAAAAGACGUGUGGGAGGCUAAUACUAAAAAUUUGAUCGAUAUAGCACCAUACGGGUUCUUUGAUGAUGAGUCCUCGGAUAAGAAAUCGUGGACACGAAAAUGGGAGGAUGAAAGUGACAAGUAUGGAGAACUUGCUCGAGUUUUGAGAGAGUUAAAGAAGAUUCAUAAAGAGUUUUACAAUUUGGAGGAAGGCGAAGAUUAUGAAAGCCGUGAUGUAAGAGAUGCAAUUGAAGAAGUGAAGAGGAAAUUCAGCUUGCAAGGGACUAAACAAGGGAUGAUUAGUCAACAUGCAAAGGAAACGACUAGUGAGAUUGAUGAAUGCUUCAAAUCGAUGGAUCUAAAUUGCCGCAGAAAUAGACUAAAUAGAAUUCAGACUAGUCAUGAUGUUAUGUGAUGUUUAUAUAAUGUUCUAACAUGAAUUCUAUGAUUUUCUUUACUUUU